AUGAAGCAGGCGAACCUCCCCGAGGAGAACGGCUUCAGCGAGGCAAUGGCCGUGGGCCAGCAGGGUCUCACACCCAGCAGCUGCGGGAAGAAACGCCGCUGGCUUCGGCGCCUGGUCCCUGACAACUUCUGGGAGGACGCGAAGAAGCUGCUGGUGCUGGCGGGGCCACUGAUCCUGAUCCAGCUGCUCAUCUUCCUGAUACACCUCGUCAGCUCCAUAUUCUGCGGCCACCUGGGCAAGGUCGAGCUGGCUUCCGUCACGCUGGCCAUCGCUGUUAUAAAUGUUACUGCCAUCUCUGUAGGUUAUGGUUUGGCUUCGGCAUGUGACACCUUGAUAUCGCAGACCUACGGCAGCAAGAACCUGCUGCGCGUGGGGGUGAUCCUGCAGCGUGCCACCCUCAUCCUCCUGCUCUGCUGCUUCCCCUGCUGCGCCAUCCUCAUCAACAUCGAGCAGCUGCUCCUCCUCAUCCGCCAGGACCCUGAGGUCUCCAGGUUAACCCAGCGCUACGUGAUGGCGUUUGUCCCUGCUCUCCCGGCAGUUUUUCUGUAUAGCCUGGAGACAAAAUACCUGCAGAACCAGAUGAUCAUGUGGCCGUUGGUGCUGAGCGGGAUCGUCGGCAACGUCGUCAACGUGGUCGCAAACUGCAUCUUCCUCUACGUGCUCCAUUUAGGCAUCACGGGCUCCGCCUGGGCCAACACCGUUGCUCAGUAUUCACAAACCAUUUUCUUGUUGCUGUAUAUUAUCGGCAAGAAACUCCACGUGAAGACCUGGGGAGGCUGGUCCAGCGAGUGCCUGCUGGAGUGGGACAGCUUCACCUCCCUGGCUGUCCCCAGCAUGCUCAUGAUAUGCAUCGAGUGGUGGACCUACGAAAUCGGGAGCUUCUUGAUAGGCCUGCUGAGCGUCAUAGAGCUCUCUGCCCAGUCCAUCAUCUACGAGGUGUCCGUUGUGGCUUUCAUGAUCCCCCUGGGGCUCGGCACGGCCGCCAGCGUGCAGGUGGGGAACGCGCUGGGUGCCGGCGACGUCGAGACGGCCAAGAGAUCCUCCUCCACCAGCCUGCUCUGCACAGGGUUUUUUUGCAUAGCUGUGGGGGUCAUUUUAGUAGCCACGAAGGAUGUGCUGGGAUACAUCUUCACCCCUGACAAGGAGAUUGUUGACUUGGUGGCCUGGGUCAUGCCCGUCUACGUUGUCUUCCACUUGUUUGAAGCCAUGUGUGGCGCCAGCAGCGGGGUGCUCAGAGGCAUAGGCAAGCAGAAAUUCGGUGCGAUCCUCAACGCCGUGAGCUACUAUGGUGUGGGCCUGCCCCUGGGCGCCGUGCUGCUCUUCGUGGCCAGGAUCGGCGUCAUAGGCCUGUGGCUCAGCAUGCUCGUCUGCGUCUCCAUCCUCUGCACCUGCUUUAUCGCCUACAUCUCCCGCAUGGACUGGAGGAAGGCGGCCGAGGAGGCUCAGCGCCGCGCAGGAGUGACCCAUCCACCGCCAGAGGAGCUGAACGCGGACCCUGAACCCUCCUGCAAGGCUCUUCCCUCUGGCGUGGGGCCAGUCCCACCGCCCCACGCGUACCCCCCUGCCGUGGCGGUGAGGGGGUGCAUAGCGGGAGUGGAUGCACAGAACGGCGUCGUGCUCACAGGCAUCACCAGGAUGGAGGGACCGACGUACCAGCUGGAGCCCCAGGCAGCCACUCCUGCCACGUCCCCUCCGGCCACCACCAUGGCCACCAAGGAGCUGAUCAUCCGGCGUGGGCUGGCGGUGGCUGCAGCCAUCGCAGUACUUGCGCUUGGCAUCGUCAUAAAGCUGAUGACCAGCAAACACUGA